CUUCUCCUUCUUCUCCUUCUCGGUAAUUAGAAAAGUCCCACUCGGGACAUUUUGGCGAGGUUUGUCCCCAGUCCCGAUGGGAGCGGGCCCCUGAGACGACCCUGCAGCUCCGGUCCCCUCCCAGCCUCAAACAUGCCCGGCUGCGCCCUCGGGUGUCUGCGCAUCGCGCUGCUGUGGCUGGUGCCGCUCGGCGCAGGAGGACAACACGCUCCAGAGUGUUCCCCCGGAGGCCACAGAGUCCUGCACAACUCGUACCGCAGCGUUGACUUCGACUCCACGGAGAUCCAGAACACGGCCAUCCAGGACCUGAUCUGCGACCACUCGCUGUCGCCCGGCUGGUACAGGUUCCGGAUCAACAACAAACCAGCGGAGAUGCCGACCACCUGCGUUGAGAUGAACCGCUGCGGCACCCAGGCUCCGGUGUGGCUGUCCCUCAGGGACAGCUCCCUGCCGAGGCCCGGCGAGGUCCGCCAGCUCUCCGCCUGCGCCACCUGGCAGUUCUUCCAGGGCAGCACCAAGGACUGCUGCCUCUUCCGCAUCCCGGUGGCCGUGAGGAACUGUGGCGAGUUCCUGGUCUACUACCUGCAGCCCACGCAGGGCUGCAUGGGCUACUGCGCCAGAGUUGCUUCAAAUGUGGGAACCAAACUCUGCCUACCAGGAGAAGUGGAAGUAGGAGGUCGAUGCAAAGCCUCCGUCCCGCCGCUGCCCUCCCGGCCGGUCGUCACCCCCGAGCUGAUCGGGCACAGCGUCCACCUCCGGUGCUCCUUCGUCCCGCCGGCGUGGAGCCCGGCGCUGGGCCCGGCGCUGGGCUUCCAGGUGGUUUGGGCCAGACACAUCGGCCCCAGCAUGAAGGCUGAGAUCAGGCAGGAAUCCACGCUGACGCCCUUCUCCCUCGCCGAGAUGGAUGGCGUCCACUUCAGGCUCGGGGAGACGUUCUCCUGCAGCGUAUCGACUUUCAGAGUCAACUCCAGCUACUCCAGAUCUGCUCCAAAGGAAAGCGAGAGUUUCUACGCCGGACUGAAGUUUUAUCCAGAUUCGCUGCACGUAGCGGAGAAUGGCAAGGAGCACGAGGCCACCGUCCACAGCACGGUACCCAUCCCCUGCUUGGACUCCGACCUGGGCCAGUGUGGCGUCCCGCUGGCUCUGAGCGUCCACGACCCAGACAGUCUGGGGCUUGAGGUCUCAAAUGUGGUGCUGUCCGCCUGCCAGGUGGAGAUCCAGCCGAAAGCCUGCAGCGGGGGCAGCUGUGGGUGGGCCAAGUUCUUCGUCAGCGCCGUUACCGAUUUCACGCGUGACGGGAACCGGCCGAGCCUGGUGGCGGCGCGGCCUGAACCCGGGGCGCCGCGGCUCUGGAGGACCUACGUCCCCACGGCCCUCAAGGUGACGGUCCAGGACGUUCCCACCUCCACCUGCUACUCUCUCACCGACCCGCAUGUCAUCACGUUUGACGGAAGGCGCUACGAGAACCCCCAGACGGGAACCUUCGUCCUGUACCGCAGCCUGGCCCGGCCCUUCGAGGUCCACUCUCGGCAGUGGGACUGCGGCAGCCGGCACUACGCCGCCGCCUGCAACUGCGGCGUGGCGGUGAGGGAGGGGAACGACGUGGCCGUCUUUGACAUGUGCAACGGCCAGCUGAGGGAAACCCGGCCGCGGCUGACCCUGAGGAGCCCCGGAGAUGAGGGCAGCCGGGUCCGGGUGCUGGAGUCCCACCAGGGGAAGAAGGUCACCUUGAUCUUUCCCUCCGGGGCCUUUGUUAGGGCGGACGUCGGCGACUGGGGGAUGAGCCUGUCCGUCCGAGCGCCCAGCGCUGAUUACAGUAAAACCCGAGGCCUCUGCGGGACCUUCGACCGCAACGGCAACAACGACUUCCAGGGCCGCGAUGGCAGCUUCUACGGCCCGGAGGAGCUGCAGCGCUUCAUAGAGGACUGGAGGAUGCCUCCCGGUGAGAGCUUAUUCGACAAAACGCCUCCCGGGACGACGCAGGAGGUCAGACGGCACUUCUGCCAGUGCUACAGAGGACACGCCGCUUCUCUCAGCCCGGGCAGAGGCCCGGUGAACGUGGCUCGGUCCGACUGCAUCGCCUACGACAACGUGGAUUACACAUCAGUGUUUCCCUCCGUGGACACAACCGUGGAAUACAUCCAGAGUCCUGGGAGGGAGGACGGCCUCCAGGAGACGUCUGGCACGCGUCGCCAUCCUCUGGAGAGGAGGCACCUCUGGCUUCAUGGCCAGAACCAGCAGAACCACCAGAACCAGCAGAGCCACCAGAGCCACCAGAACCAGCAGAACGGCGGGGAUGAUUUGGACCUGGCUGGCCUCUUCAGGGAGGACCACCUGAUCUCCGUCCACCGACCUAAGAGACAGUCUCCCUUGGAGUACCGGCCCGUGUUCACCACGCAGAGCCUGACCCAGGCCGACCUGGACAGCCUGGCCUACUUCUUCCCCGAGGACCACCUGGCCGAGGUCCGGCCGCAGGCGGCGGCCCGCUGGCCCACGCCCAGCGGCCUGACCUCGGCCCGGGCCCUGCAGGUGUGCCAGGCGGCGCUGGCCAACUCCACGGUGGGCGCGGUGUGCCGGGGGCUGCUGGGCCGGCGGCUGGACGAGGCGCUGGACCUCUGCAUGCUGGACCUGCAGCUCAAGGACGACCUGGGCUGGGACGCGGCGCUGCUGCCGUACCUGGAGAACGAGUGCGAGCGGCGGCUGCUGGAGAACCGCACGCUCCGGGCCGUGGAGGUGGGCGGCUCCCCGGGGGCGGCCGGGGAACUAGUCGCGGCGCUGCGCUGCCCAAACUUCUGCAACGGGAACGGAGCCUGCACGGAGUGGGGCUGCAGCUGCGACGCCAGACACAGCUCACACGACUGCAGCCUGGCCAUCAGCCAACCGAUCGAGAUAACGGAUCUGGAGAACAGUGGACUGUGUGACAUCACUUCCUUUGACUGCCGCAGCGUUCGGGUCUUUGGCAUCGGCUUCAUCGACUCCCCGGACCUGAGCUGCCACGCUACCCGACUGAAGUACAUGAACAGAGUUUGGGUUCCAGCAGAAAAGCAGAGGACCAAAGCCUCCUUCCUCAGCUCCAAGGCUCUGGACUGCGCCGUCCCGUCGCUCAGCAACGCCGUCGUCCACGACGAGGACUUCAUGAUGGACGACAAGCCGUACGCGCGCUGGGAGAUCAAGGUGACCAACGACGGCUCCCUCUUCAGCCGGGCCAGGGUUCUGACCAUCUACGACGGUCUCUGCCAGGUCUGUGAGGCCUCGCUCUCAGGACUCUGUAAGUUAAAGGAGAAGACGUGCAACGUGGACGGGAUGUGUUUCGCUGCCGGAGAUUCCAACCCCAGCAGUCCGUGCCUGCUCUGUGACCCCGACGCUUCCAAGUUCACCUGGAGCGUGAACCAAGUCAACGAGCCGCCGUCCUUCCACAGACCUCAGGAAAACCUCAAGACAUUCGUCGGGGAGAAUUUCGUCUUCCAGUUCGCGGCGUCCGAUCCCGAGGGCUCGGAGCUGCUGUUCCAGCUGGAGGAGGGUCCCGGGGGGGCGGCGCUGUCCCCCGCCGGCCUCCUCAUCUGGAGGGUGCCGUCGGCCUCUGGGGAGGAGGAGGUCGAGCUUCAGCGGAGCUUCAGGUUCACGCUGUCCGACGAGUGCAACGCCCAGAGCAGCGUCAGCGUGGAGAUUGACGUGUUGGCGUGCGGCUGCCAGAACGGAGGAACGUGCGUGACGGACGUCAACUUUCCCGCAGGCAGUGGGAAAUAUCUGUGUGCGUGUCCGGACGGCAAGCAGGGCGAGCUCUGCGGCGCGGACGUGGACGAGUGUCUGUCCGCUCCGUGUGGCGUCGGCCGGUGCAUCGACACGGCCGGCGGGUUCCGGUGCGAGUGUCCCGCAGGGCUGCGAGGUCUGACGUGCAGGGAGGACGUGAACGAGUGCGAGAGGAAGCCCUGCUUCCCGGGAGUUCAGUGCUUCAACAGAUUCGGCUCGUACGGCUGUGGCCCGUGCCCCAGAGGCAUGCUGGGAAACGGGACCACGUGUGCUGUCUACAGGCCAGCUGCCGCCGCGCCGACGUCUGUCCCUCGGAUCACUGCGUACAAGGUACCAGAUGUUCGGCCGCAGCCCGCCAAAACAAAGACAGACGCAGUGUGGGAAAGGGCCGGUGGCGCUGCACCGGUCAAGGCUGAAGCAGGAGAGACCGUUCCAGGAACCCACCCAGGAACCAAGUGGCUGGUUUUCAGAGGAAACCCAGGAAUCCCCUCGGACCCGGAGCCCGCACCGGCAGAAACCGGGGCCACAGAGGACAAGAGUGGGCCUUCAAACCCCUCCAACACUCGGAGAUCAGACCAGGACAGAAUCAGCGGCGCCGUGGACGAGACGUCUGCCGGGAAGUCACAAAACACCAGAACAGCACCAGGACCGGGUCAGCCUCCGGCCACCAAUGUGUCGUCUAGCUGCGCCAGCAGGCCCUGCUUCCCCGGCGUCCAGUGCAUCAACCGCAGGCCGCCGCACGUGGGCUACGUCUGCGGCCGCUGCCCCCCGGGACUUCACGGGAACGGCCGCAUCUGCAUGAAGACCUCCAAGGAAGCGUCCUCUCACCUCCGCCAGCAGCAGACGGUGGGGAAGUCGGGCCGGUUCCCGCCUGGAGGCGUCAGCAAGGCGUCCCAGCUGCACCUGCCCAGCCUCCCCGCCCGGCACCGGACCAAACCCCCGUCCCCUGGGACCAAACCCCCGUCCCCUGGUACCAAACCCCCGUCCCCUGGGACCAAACCCCCGUCCCCUGGGACCAAACCCCCGUCCCCUGGGACCAGAGCCCAGGACGGGGGGACGGGGAGGGGGGGUGGCACGGGCCGGAGGGAGGCGGUCACCUCCGCCUCCAAGGACACGCCCGUGUCUGCCGGUGCCCUCCGCCUCACGUCCAGCGGUCGGAGCACCAACCCCCGAUCAGACGGCAGCGCGUCCACCAGGUCCAGAGAGUUUCUCUCCAGGAAUGCUGAGGCAGCUCCCUCCACCGAGCAGCUCAAGCACCUGGCGACCACCCGGUCCAAACCCUGGACCCCUCCCAGACCCGCCCUGCCCAUCACCUCGGCCCUCACCGCUCUGUCCUACUCGCUGUCCGAGUCCGACUUCUCUGCCGAUGGGGACGAGGCCGAGCUUGGCCCAGAGGUGCUGCAGGUGGUGCCGGUGGUGCCGGCCUUCAACCCCCCACCUCACCGGGCCGCCGCCGUCCAGCUGUGGUUCAGGGCCGGCGCCAACACACACCUCAUCACCUGUGCAGACCGGCCGUGUUUCCCUGGGGUCCAGUGUGAGCCGGACCUGGGCGGGGCCUUCCGCUGCGGGAGGUGUCCCACCGGAUACGCCGGGGACGGACGCAGCUGUCAGGCCGUUUGCAGACACACGUGUGGUGGAAACAUGGAGUGUGCUGCCCCCAACACAUGCCGCUGCAGACCGGGCUACACGGGGUUCAACUGCCAGAGAGCAAUCUGUAAGCCGGAGUGUGUAAACGGAGGCAUUUGCGUCGCCCCAGACGUGUGUCAGUGUCCCAGAGGUUUCCAUGGAGACACGUGUGAGGACGCUCUGUGUAGGCGACCUUGUGAGAAUGGAGGCAGUUGCGUGGGACUGCAGACGUGUUCCUGUCCUUACGGGUUUGUUGGUCCACGGUGUGAGACAAUGGUGUGCAGCCGUCACUGCCACAACGGAGGCCGGUGUGUGUCCCCAGACGAGUGCAAAUGUCCACCGGGCUGGACGGGACCGUCCUGCCAGACCGCUCUCUGCUCUCCCGUCUGCCUGAACGGCGGUUUGUGUGUGCGACCCAAUACCUGCGAGUGCCCUCACGGAUUCUACGGAGCGCAGUGUCAGAACGCCGUGUGCGGCCCGCCCUGUAAAAACGGCGGCGUGUGCAUGAGGAACAACAUCUGCUCGUGUCUGCAGGGAUACACGGGGAUACGCUGUGAAAAAAGCGUGUGCGAGCCCCGGUGCAUGAACGGCGGCCGGUGCGUCGGCCCAGAUGUUUGCGACUGUCCCUCCGGCUGGCGAGGGAAGAGAUGCGACAAACCCAGCUGUCUCCAGAAGUGUCUGAAUGGAGGCGAGUGCGUGGGUCUGAACGUCUGCCUCUGUCCUGGAGGCUGGGAGGGCGCGCUGUGUCAGAUCCCUCGCUGCCAGCAGAAGUGUCUGUACGGCAGUCGCUGCGUCCGGCCCAACGUCUGCGCCUGCAGGAGCGGAUACUCGGGGUCGCUCUGCUCCAGGAAGCUGCCUAUCGCACGGGGCUGACAUCUGAAAACAGCCCCCAACAUCUGGGAACAUCUGGCGACAUCUGUCACCAUUUAAACAAUAUCUGUCGACAUCCAACCUCUGUCGACAUCUGAUAAGCCACCAACAUCUGGAAACAUCUGCCAAUGUCUGUCAACAUCCAACGACCUUUGUCAACAUCUGUCACCAUUUAAGGACAUCUGAUAACAAGCACCAACAUCUGGAAACAUGAGAGCGUAUCUGCCGACAGCGAGCAGCUGCUGUUCAGCUUCUGUCUCCGAACAAGAGGAGUUGCUUCACUCACUUCAACAUUAAAGUUCUGCCUCAACAACCAACACUGACUAUGUUUACAUGCAGUCUAAAUUCAGGUUAUUGCUAAUAUUCCGGUUACUGAAACAUUGGGAAUAUUCCGUUUACAUGGUAAUUAAUCAUUCAGGAUAUCUGGAUCAAACCAGCGACGCACGGAGAACAUCAUGACACAAUUCCCGUCAUUUCUGCUUCUUCUUCCUGUAUCCAAAUUCAAAACAAAUGCUGCUUCACGCAACUUUUCUCUCACCUUCUUUUAAAUCUUCUAUCCCGGUACUUUCUAGCGUCUACAAAUGCAGAAAUGUUCAUAUCCUUCAUUACAUUUAUGAAGUGAUUAGUCUCCUCCUGGUCUUGGUUUCUCCGUGUUUAUAAGAACUUCCUGGACUCAAAAGACCAGGAUUCCUUGUGAACAGAGCAUGUGCAGAAAACAACUUCCUGUUCCGUUUAAUGGGGAUA